AUGGUUUGGUUUGAUGUUCAGCUCUGGUUGGGCGAUGAUAACUACGAGCAAUUUAAAUAUUGCCGGGUGAACUACAACUGUGGAGAUUUGGUAGACAUAUCGUAUCCGUUUUGGGGGAAUGAGCGGCCAGAAUUUUGCGGUCGGCGAGAAUUUGGACUCAAUUGCAAAGACAACAAAACCAUGAUACGAAUCAACAAUCGCCAAUAUAUCGUUGUGGACAUCAGUCAAUCGAAUAAUAGAAUGACGAUAGCAAGAUCAGAGCUGUUCGGUGAUUACUGCCCUAACAGCCAAAUAAAAGAGAGUGAAUUAUGCUUUGGACAAGAAUACUACAUCGAAGUGACAAUUACGGGUGAUGUAUUGAGAGGAGGAGUAAAGAACAGAACGAGGGUGGUGGAAAGGGGAUUGAAAGAAGGAUUUGAAGUUGAAUAUGGGGAUUCUUACACCAUAGCUUGCGAUGGAUGUACAGAAUACGGCGGCCAGUGCGGUUCCGUCGUUCGCGAACAAUUUGCCUGCUUUUGUGGAGGUGGUAUAUAUCCUUACGUUUGCGGACCUCCUUCUCCUCCUGGAAAAAGAAGAAUAUGGACACAGCCCGUCUUCAUUGCUGCAGCUUCGGGAGCCAUCAUUCUGAUAAUCUCUAUAAUCAUCUGCAUCUACUGCACGAUAAAAUGCAUAUCAAACAAAGAUAAAAUAAUUGAGGAAAGUAUAAGGAGAUAUUCUACACUAACUCCCAAGCGAUAUAGUUACUCAAAGCUGAAGAAAAUCACAAACUCUUUCAAGAACAAAUUAGGUCAAGGAGGAUUUAGCACUGUCUACAAAGGAAAGCUACCUGACGGACUUGAUGUGGCUGUGAAAGUUUUGAACAAGUCCAGCGAAAAUGGCCAAGAUUUUAUCAAUGAAGUGGUUAACAUCACUAGAACUUCGCACGUAAAUAUAGUCUCACUCAUAGGUUUCUGUUACGAGAGGAAAAAAAGAGCUUUAAUUUAUGAAUAUAUGUCUAGAGGGUCAUUAGACAAAUAUAUAUCUCACAAAGGGCCACAGACAAACAACGACAAGUUGGAUUGGAACACACUUUAUAGGAUUGUUAUUGGUGUGGCUCGAGGCUUAGAGUACUUGCAUCGUGGUUGUAACACAAGGAUUUUGCAUUUUGACAUUAAACCACAUAACAUAUUUUUGGAUAGCGAUUUUUGUCCCAAGAUCUCAGACUUUGGGCAUGCCAAGCAAUGCAAGGCUGGAGAAAGUCAUGUAACGAUGACAGGCGUGAAAGGGACAGUAGGAUUUAUUGCGCCUGAACUAAUAUUCAGGAACAUUGGUAAUGUAUCUCACAAGUCUGAUUUAUAUAGCUAUGGAAUGUUGGUUCUUGAAAUGGUGGGAGCAAGAAAGAAUCCAAAUGAUGGAGUGGGGCAAAACAGUGAAGAGUUCUUUCCUGAUUGGAUAUAUAAUACUCUCACACAAAGUGAAAUAGAUGAAGACUGUUUGUGGGGAAACACAGAAGAAGAAAAAAAGAUGACAAGAAAAAUGAUAAUCGUGGGACUACAUUGUAUUCAAACAUUGCCCAACGACAGGCCGUCGUUGACCGAUGUUGUUGCAAUGUUGGAAGGCAGUGUUAAUGGCUUACAGAUUCCACCAAAACCCAACUUGUUUGGACCUCCAACCUUUGAGCAUCCCCAACCUUCUUCCUCUUCAUUUUCUAGCAUAGAAGCAUCACAACAACAAUCAUAUUUACCCUCUUGAAUGAGGACUCUUAGGUUUCAUGUCCUUUAUCCUUUUUGAGUAAUAUACAAGCUUGUAUAUGAUUUGGUGACAAUAAGGAAAGUGUAAAGUGGAGGGCAAUUUCACUUGAUAUGAAUGUUUAACAGCCUGUGGUACUUUACUAUUUACAAUUAGGAGACUUGGUUUAAUUUUUCAUAUCCUACUCCUUUUAGGAAAAUGAGAGGGAGGAGUGUUGCACUUGCAACCUGUAAGAACCAGAAUAGGAGAUUGAUAUUUAGCAGAGAAGCAGCAUACAACAACAAUCACAUAUUUACUUUUGAAUCAACA